AUGGCGGCGCGCGCGGCGGACGCGCGCGCGGCGGGCGAACGCGCGGCGAGAGGCGCGGCGGGCGGCGGGCGCGCGCGCGACCGCGACGGGCGGCGGCGGCGACGAGGCGCGCCGUCCCGCGCGACGAGGGGCGACGGCGCGGUGCGACGCGCGCGACCGGCGAUCGCGCUGGACGGCGCGAACAUCGCGUGGUGCUACAGCGCGGCGCUGCACGCGGCGUUCGGGUCGAGGAAUAAGCAGCCGCUGUCGCGAGGCGUCGUCGCGGCGCUCGAGCACGAGGCGUGGGCGAGGAUCGACGCCGACGUCGUGGCGUUCGUGCCGUCGACGUACGUCGAGGGACCGCUGCACGGUCUGGCGGACGGUGGGAGCUUAGGGGUGGUCGUGCCGAGACACGUGCGAUAUCUGGGGCGCGGGACGUGGCGAAACGAGAGGUUGUUCGCCGAGGUGCGGCGCGGACGGGUGCGGUUGGUGGAGCGAGCGGGCGAGCGGAGCGCGGAUGACUUGACCAUCAUAGAUUACGGUCGCGCGCGCGAGGCUCGAAUCGUGUCCAACGAUCGAUACGGCGAUCACAAGAUGGGUCACGGAGAGCUUAAAAAGUAUUUGAAGAAUCAUUUGUUUGACUAUGAAUUCGUCUUCGGCACGGACGCGAAGCGCAUUCGCGAAGAGGUCGGAGACGUCGCGAGCGUCGAGGUCGGGAGCGCGUUUUUACCGCCACCACCCGUGGAUGAGGGUAGCGAGACGUGGGAUCAGUCCGUGCACGCUGAGGGGUCGUCCCGGCCGUGGGCGAGAUACGCGAAGGACGCGUUGUGGGGCAAGCAGGCGCGCGUGAAGAAACGGCGAUCGAUGGGCAAGGUGGUGCGCGUUCAGCACGCGAGCUCGGAUGAUUUAGGGUUUCCGUUCUGGGCCGUCGAUGACGCGCACAUUCCCGUCGAAUUUAAUCCUAGCUGUAAAUUUUAG